GGAGCGCGCCCCUGGCAACGCGCUCAUCCCUGCCAGGCGCAAAGGGUGAAGAAAACUAAAAUGAAGCAUGUUAUUUCCUGUAUUACCCUUCGUAAUAAAGGUUCACACAGCCACUUUACAUUUAAGUUGUUUUGAGAAUUUGGAAAACACGAUCAAAUAACGUGGCGAAUACAUAUCCGCUUUCUGUAGUUUUAUCAAAUGAAAUGUCUCUCCCUGCCUUCUCUUGAAAUGGUAUCAUCGUCAAACAAUAUUCCAUGUUCGUAUUUUGAAAGAAAAUGCAUCACAUAUCCGGUGUGGUUGUGUCAUCUAGCUUGAUGCAGGGGUGCUGUCGACAGCCCGCAGCUUCAGAAAAUAAAGCAGACUAAUUUAUCCCGGGUAUUAAAAAUCGUUCCGGAAGAUGGUGGCUAAACAGAGGAUCCGCAUGGCCAACGAGAAACACAGCAAGAACAUCACGCAGAGAGGAAACGUAGCCAAGACGCUGGUGAGCCGUUAACUGACAGCGAGACGCCAGCAUGACAUUAGCCCAGAUAGGUGACGUUCACUCCGCGACCACAAGAGGAGAAGUAUCCUGUGGGUCCCUGGCUGCUUGCACUCUUUGUAUUUGUUGUGUGUGGAUCAGCCAUAUUUCAGAUCAUCCAGAGCAUCCGAAUGGGGAUGUGAGGCAGAAGAAGCGCCCGGACUCCCUCACCCCCCCCUCAUUGCCUUCACUGAGCCUGGCUAGCCUGCACCUGCACACCCCUGACCCCUUCCAGAGGCCCAGAGACUGACGCCAAAGCUUUGGAUCCAGCAGACCUCAGAGAGAGAAGCUUCCCCAACCACUGCCUCCACCAACCCCUCCUGGGGACAUCUGCCUGCCCUCGAUCAGUGUUUACAGUGUUGCAGUCUAUGGUACAGACAACUUUUCUAUUGACAGUCUAAAACCACGUCGGCUGGAGAACGUUUGUGUCUCAUUACUCACUUGGCACCCCUUGUGUGUGCGUGUGUAUGUUUGAAGUUGUGACUGCUGAUUUGAGAGUGUGUGUGGCCAGUGACUCCUGCUGACAAUGUGCCAUAUCUGUCUGUUCAAGUAUUCGUCUGUGUUAUGUGAGAAGACUCUUUUUUCAAAUAAAACUCCAACAUUUAGGAAGCACUUAGUUUUACUUCUGAUUUGUAAUGACACACACCCACAAAUUAUUGCAAACAAUUUAUAUUGUCUGAAUUUAAGUGGUACAAAAUUACAUAGAAACGUCCAAAGAAAUGGUGCGCCAUUUAAGCGUUACCAAUUGAUUUUGUUUUUAGUUGAACCUUAAAAUUAAUGUAUGAACUUCCAUCAUCUUGUAGCAGCUUCAACCCAAACACCACUUGGCUGUGGCUUUUACCUCACUGCUAACAGGAGGAUUCAACAACAGACAGGUUCAAUAACACCCUGAAGCAGAGGACAAUCAACUACACACCAUGCAUGUACGAAGCAGCGUGACUCAACACGUGAUGGGAUUUUCAUAGAGACAAACUGGCUGUCAGCACUUGGGAGGCUUGGUGCACAUUUGCACCGUCUCAUCCACAGACCGAGCUCAGCAGCCAUUAGAGAGGAUAAGAACGAGAUGGUGACCAGGUGGUUAUUCUUCCUUAAGCACGUUUAUUGAAAGUUGUGAAGUGCAGCUGUCAAGUGCAAUUGUGGUAUGUAUGUUACAAUAUCUCAUCCGGUCUUAGCAGAAACAUGCACAGAACAUGAGCAUACAACUGAUACAUAUAAUGAAAAAAAAA